AUGAAGUUAGUUAAAAUUUUCGGCCUUGUUGGGCUCAGUUCUGGGGAAGACUAUCGGAGCGAUGAGCGAAACAACCUUCCAGGUCCAUUUGGGCGUCUAGCCCGGCGGAACGUGCCGUGCCAGUGGGCCGGUUGGUGCGAUUGGUCGCCCUGUGGCGCCUCGUGCGGAAAGAACGCCGUGCAAUCCCGCACGCGCGAGUGCAUCUGCGACGGGCUGAUAGAUCCAGCCUCGCGCGGGUGCAUCGGCGAGGCCCACGAGGGAAAGCCCUGCGGCGAUAUCGAGUGCCCGGAGGAAAAAGACGAAUGCCCGACAGGCGACUGGAUGCCAUGGUCGGAAUGUUCAGCAACUUGCGGCGACGGGUCAAGAUCGAGAAGUCGAGAUUGCGUUUGCCCAGACGGCAAAUCACCAGAUGAAUGCGGCGGCUGUGGCGACGAACUUUUGAGCGAGGACGAGCCAUGCAACAAUGGCGUUUGUCCAUCAGCUUGCGUUUGGGAUGGAUGGAGCACCUGGUCCGAGUGCACCGCUUCUUGCGGGCCGGGCAAUCAAAUCCGCAAAAGAGAUUUUCCUCCAGGUUGCGAUGAUUACAGCUUCAAAACAGGACAUGGUGACAUGCCACCACCAGAACCAAUUGUCUCUUACAUCGACUUUUCUGUCAACGAUGAUAGUGAUUAUUGGCCGGCGGCAGAGUCAUACGACGCUUCCGGUGACUUGCCCUGGACUGGUGGCGAGUUUGAUUACUCCUCUGGAGAUGGUCCUUCUUUGCGGCCUGAUUACAAUGUUUAUCCGGAUGGAAGUGAAGUUCCGAUGCCGGACGAAAACUAUCCUGACAUUGAUGAAACCUUCGACAUUAAUGUUUCUUCCGAAAUCGAAGUCGUUACGACGAGUAGUCCACAAUCAGAAGAUGUCGAUCCCAUUAUAUUCGACAGCGGCAGUAUAUUUACGACAGCAAACUACUAUUAUGGUGGUGAAUCUGAAACUGUUGCUCCUAUUGUCGAAGAACCAGAGCCCAACGAAACGACCUCAACGACAAGUACAACUAGAACAUCGACAGCAACAACCACAACCACAGAAAAAACAACAACAUCAACAACUUCUUCUGCUUCGACGACAACAACUCCAAAGAAAACAACCGCCUCAGUUAUCGAAGAAAUUGAUGCGGACGAGACAGAAGCUGAAGAUACAUUCAGUAGCUCAAGCUCAUCCUCGAUCUCAUCAUCCUCGGAAUCAUCGACAAGCGAAAGCUCUCAACCUUGCGAAUGUUCUGAAGAGUCUUCUUCUCCUUGUAGCUGCGUUUCUGAGUUCAUUGAAGAACCAGACCCAGACCAUUCGGCUCCGAUUCUUGACUGUGAUAUCCUCAGUGGUGAGCGAUGUGCCCCUGAGACGACAACGGAGAUUCCAGAAAUCGAGACAACACCAGAAGACCUUGAAGCGACCACUGAAAGCUCUCCAGAUUAUUACACAGCCACAGAAGUGAUUUGUAACACAACUGAAAUUGAGGAAAUCGAUGAAACCACAAUGGAACUCGCUAUCGAGACCACUCCCGAACCUCUGAUCGAGACGACGACGAAAGAAUCAGGUCCUGAUUUCAUUACAGUUCUCGAUUGCAACACCACGGAAUCUCCUGAGAAUCCAGUUACAACACCGAUGACAAUUGAGACCACAAUGGCAGAAAUAAUUGAAACCACCGUCGCGGAAAUAGCCGAAACGACUCAACCAAAACUCGAAACUUCCUUCGUCACGGAGCUUGACUGCGACACAAUUGAGCCUACAGAAGCUCCUGACUGUAAUUGUGAAGAUGACGAGUGUCCAAAUGUUUGUCCACCAGAGUGUGAUAGUCCGCAGUGCGCACCGAAGCCAAACUGUGAUAAUUCUCCAAAUUGUAAUCCCGAGGAUAUUGAAUCUACAACCGAGCCUGACAAUGGUUUAACAUUCGAACUGACAACUGCUGAGCCAGCUGGACCAUAUGUAACUUACUUCGACAACCAAGGACCGCUUGUUACGACUGAAGGUCCUCCAGGUCCACCAGAAGAGCCAGAACUCUGCGUCGAGCCAUGGUCGGAAUGGUCUCCCUGUGAUUGUAUUGAAGAAAGAUCGAUGCGAUCAAGAGAGAGAAUUUGUUUUUGUGAACUUUGUUUGGAAGAUCUUUUCGAAGAAGAAAUUUGCACUGAGCCUUGUGAGGAAGCCAAGCCAACAACAGCAAGUCCAAAGCCAAGUACGAGUGAGCCCAAUCCAACCACUUCAAAAUUAGAACCAAUUAGAACAACUAUUAGCAUGGGAACGAGUAUAACUACAAAUCGCAUGGAAUUGCCCGUCAAUUCAGACUUACCUACCCUAGCAAAGUUAACCACUUCUCACACAAUUAGCACCAGUACUGAAGACGAUUCCACCACUCGGCAAAGUACCAACCACGAAACAUGGACAGCCAAUUCGAAUGAUGAUUUAUACGAUGCUUCGACUUGGCCGUCGUCCAGUCCUGAGACUGACGCCUUGUCCACAGUGACGGAAUAUUGGACAGAAAGUGGAUUAACAAGUUCGCCCGACACGACCUUUGCGCCCUUGAUGGAGACAACGAUGACUCACCUCGAUGAGUUGGAAGCAACGACAAAAAUAGCCACAACUCCAAGUCCAAGUUUUUCGCUGGAAACAACCCAAAAGACGAUAUUGGAAAAGACUGAUCGAUGGUCAACGGAGGCAAUCACAGAUGAUGAAGAGGAUGAUUGUAAUUGCGAUGAUUUCGAAGCAUCCGGAGAUGACGAGUCUGGCUCUGGAUACAAAUCAUGUUGUAAAAUCAGUCCGACAAUUUUACCUAGAGAGCCCAUUAUUGAAGAGUCGACUACUGAGUUGGAUGUUUUUGCAGAAACAACUGAAGGAUUUCAAACUGAGUCUCCCUUCGUUGAAAUAACGACUCAAGACAUCAGUUUUACUACGCAAUCUGCUUUAGAAACUUCACUGCCAAAUGAAUCUACAACUGAAGAAUACAUCACUGUUUGGGACUGCAAUACAACUGAAUCCGCCGACGAUCAGACACCGUUUUCGGAUGAAACAACCGCAUAUUCUACAACUGAACUUGAGUUCAGUUCGGGUCAAUCUAUUGAGCAAACAACGAUCCCAGUUCAAACAAGUUCCACCAUUCAGCCCACUGGAAACUGCGAUGGGAAAUGUGGAGAAGAAAUUCCAUUACCAAAGACGACGGAAAUCCCUGAUUGUCAGGAAUGCGAAACAGAAGAUGAAGACAGCGAACCAAAAACGUCUUCCGCGGAAGUGACAACAUCGAUCACGACAACGGAUUCUGAUUGCAAUUGUGAUGAAGAAGAAAAUUGCAUCCAUUCAAACUCAUCAUCAUCUUCAACGUCAUCUCAGAAAAUAUCAACUACAACAGUAACAACAUCAACAACAACGCGUUCAACUAAGUCAGAAUCAACAACAUCGACAUCAGCAUCAACAAAAUCCCCGCUCACCGAAAAAUCAAAAGACUGCGAAUGUACUGAGAAACAUGGAUGCGACGCUGCUCCUGAUAAAACAUCAACAUCAACUGUUCACUCAAAAGAGGAAACGUCGACAACAACCUCAACGAAGCAAAUGUCAACAACGACAUCAGCAACAAUCUCAACUCCAAAUAUAUCAGAAGACUGUGAUUGCAAAAAUAAUUCCGACUGCGAAUGCCAACCCGUCACAACUACAGAUUAUAUCGAGAUUACAACGACUCCGACAGAAGAAAGUUCAACAACAACAACAACAUCAACUACAACAUCAUCAACUACAACAUCAUCAACUACAACAACAUCAACAACAACCACAACAAAGCCUGAAUUGAUAUCCAUCCCUGGACGCCCAGACAUCAUUAUUGGAAACAACAACAACGAGCAAGUCACAAGUGGAUCCAAUCUCAUAAGUCCACCUCUUGAGCCAACUGCAAGCGCUCCCGAAGCGUGCGACAAAGGCAAUUGGGAACCAUGGGGUCCUUGUUCAACAACUUGUGGUGAAGAGGGAACUCGAACCCGUAAGAGACCAUGCGGAAGCGGUUGUGACGCGGAUAAAGAAGAUGAAAGGCCGGAGGAAACUGGGCCUUGUGAUGCAAGCGAUUGCGCGCCCUGUCCUAAGAAAGAAUGCGAUUGCUCUGUUCCUGCUUGCGAUCGGCCAAAGGACUGCGAAUGCCCCGAUGAGCUGAAAGAAAUGUGUGCAUGGACUGAAUGGUCCGGCUUCUGCGGCUGCAGUGCAUCCUGUGAUGAAGGCAUCCAAGCUCGAACGCGAAAAUGCUUUUGUGGAGAUGAGGAAGCCAUCGGUUUGCCCCAGCCUGGUUGCGAAGGAGAACCCCAAGAGGAAGUUCCUUGUAAUGAGGGACCAUGUGACCCAACCGAAAAUUGCUUGGAAAAUGGUCUUGUUUGCAGUCCAGGUCAAUGGUCUGAUUUCGGCCCUUGCGAUGCUCCUUGUGGCGAAACUAGACAGCAAACUCGAGAACGAUCUUGUGAAUGUCCCGAAGGAAUCCCAGCUGAUCACGAAGAGUGUGGCUGUGGAGAAACCUCCGAGUGCAAAACUUGCCGUGGCGAAUGCGACAAUAAUCCCGAACCCUGGACAAGUUGGUCUCCUUGUGAGUGCGAAAUGGAGAACCCUGAGCGAUCGCGCUUCCGAGAAUGCGACAGUUGCGAUGACUCUGUGCCUCUUGUUGAGACUGAGACCUGUCCACCGGGCGAGUGUGUUCCUGAAAUGAGUCUGGACGACUGCUUGGGCGAUUGGGAAGAUUGGGGACCAUGCGAUGCUGUUUGCGGCGUUGGUACUCGAACACGAGAACGUCCUUGCAAGUGUGGCCAACCAGGCUGCCCUGGUUGUGAGGAAACGAGCGAAGAAGAAGAAUGUAUCGGUGAUCAAGAACCUUGCGAAGCCGGGCCUUGGUCGGAAUUCGGCGAGUGUGAUGCUAAAUGCGACGAGCCUGGCCAGCAGUUCCGAAAUAGAGAGUGCUUCUGUCCACCCGGAAUCGACGAGGACCAUCCCGAUUGUGGAUGUGAGAGCACUUCUGAAUGUAAAUCGUGCAUUGGCAACUGCAACUGCCCAACAGACGGAUCGGGAUACCGCGAGCGAGUGCGAUACAACCCUUGCGACCCGAACCCAGAUGCUCCUCCAGAAGUUCUUACUGAACCCUGUGCCGAAGAGCCAAUUAUGUGCGUUGCUUCUGAAUGGAGCGAAUUCGGCGAGUGCGAUGCUGAGUGCGACGGAUUUGGACAAAUGACCAGAAGCAGAGAAUGCGCUUGCCCAGAAGGAGCAGAUGAGGAUGAUGAAGAAUGCGGCUGUGGUGAACUGACCGAAUGCAAAUCUUGCCAAGGCAAGCCAUGCAACUGCUGGGGCGAAUGGGCUCCUUGGUCUCCAUGUGACGGUCCAUGUGGCGGUGGAGUUAGAACUCGAGAAUCUCAAAACAUUUGCGAUGAAGGUGUCGAGCCAAAGAUUGAGGAAGAAGAGUGCGAAGAAAUCAUUUGCACGCCUGGAGAAUGGUCUGAAUGGACUGAGUGCGAUGCCGAGCCUGGCGAGUACGGUCAGAAAUUCCGUGAGCGCGAUUGCACUUGCCCACCUGGUGGCGACGAACUCAACCCCGAUUGCGGCUGUGGAGAUUUGAAAGAAUGCUUGAGCUGCAAGGGUGAGUCACUUUGUGAAUGGUCACCCUGGUCUGAGCCCAAAGCGCCAUGCACUGCUACUUGUGGUGGCGGAACUCAACCACGUGAUCGAACUUGCAACGAAAGACCAAAGUCAUUCGAGUCGCCAGAGGCCCCUCGACGAACCUGUGAAAAAAUCCCCGAUAUUGAAGAAGGCUGCCCUGGUGCUUUUACUGAACAGACUCCCUGCUCAUUUGAUGCUUGUCCUCCAAAAUGCGAAUUUGGAGAAUGGAGCUGCUGGUCUGAAUGCAGUGCUACUUGCGGCGGUGGAAAAAUGUCACGUGAACGACCAUGCAACUGUCCCGAAGGAGUUCCAGAAUCUGAAUGCGAAAACAAUGGGCAGUGCGAUGGCGAGCCUAUCGAAGAGCAAGAUUGCAAUACAGAUGUCACUUGCCCUCCUGACUGUGAAUUUGGCGACGACUGGGCCCCAUGGGGUCCAUGCACAACCACUUGCGGCCCUGGAUCUCGUCAACGAGAGAAAGAAUGUGACUGUAAGAGCUCAGACAGCUGCGACGGUUGCGAAGUACCCGAAGGAUCCAAUCCUGAUGACUUCCUCGAGACUGGUGACUGCCCGAACGCUCCAUGUACUUGCUGGGGAGACUGGGCUCCAUGGAGCGAGUGCCCCAACAGUUGUGGAACUGACACUAGAACUCGAGAGCGACCUUGCAUUUGCGAAGAUGAGGACUGCAACGAAGAAGACAACAUCGAGCAAGAACUCUGUCCUGGUGACUCUUGCAUGUGGUCUUGCUGGUCCGAGUGGACCGAGUGUCUCGGCGGCGUGAACUCGUUGGAGGGACCUCCCUGUGGCGAGUCAACUAAGAAGAGAACUCGAACUUGCGACUGCCCACCUGGUGUCGAUGAGUCCGAGUGCGGAUGUGAAGGACCUUCGGAAGAAGAAGAACCUUGUGAUCUUGGAUCUUGCGAAGACCUCUGCUACACUCAAUGGAGUCCGUGGUCGCCGUGCGGCGAGUGCGGCGGCCUUAGCACGCGCGAACGCGAAUGCAUGUGCGACGCCGAGUGGUGCCAGUUCACCACUACGGAGAUGAACGAGUGCCCUGAUUUUAAGUGCAAACCAGGUCAGUGGUCUGACUGGUCACCUUGCACGGCCACGUGUGGUCCGCGGGCGAUUAUGACCAAAACCAGGGAUUGCAAUUGCCCCGAGGGCGCGAAUCCCAUCGCCUGCGGCUGUGACCAAGAUCUGGUCAAAGAACGCAAAUGCCCUAAUGUUCCGGAUGAAUGUCCCCCAGAGUGCACCGACUGGUGCAACUGGUCUGAGUGCGAGUGCAAGACCGGUCAGCAAACUCGUGUUCGAGAAUGCGAUGAGAAUGUCUGCCAAGGCCGUGAAGAAACACCAGAGUGCCAGGAACGCGAGGAUCGAACUUGCCCAGAUGGAUCUUGCGACAAGCCCAACUGCGGAUGGACUGAAUGGUGUUCUUGGUCCGAUUGCGAUGUGACAUGCGGUAGUGGUGGAACACGCGUCCGCACUAGAAACUGCGACUGCGAGGACGAGUGCAGCCAAGACGAGCGCGACGAGGGAUGCCCAGGAGAUGCCAUUGAAGAGGAGCCUUGCGUCGAGGUUCCUCCCUGCGAUUUCGAAGGAUCGGGUGGCAAUCCGCCAGUCAUCGGUGAGGGAACACCAAAUCUCGGACCCACAGGAAGUGGUGACGACUCAGGUGUGGAUUCUGAAUGUGGAGAAGACGAAGAUUGUAAUGGCGACAGUGAGUGUACUGGACCUGAUUGCUCUGGCACCACCAAUUAUGACGGCAAUCCACCUCUAGAACCUGAGCCUGAGUGCGAAGAAACACUUGGCCCAUGGUGCGAUUGGUCCGAUUGCAUGGAGUACGAAGAUGACAAUCCUUACUUUGAAGGACAGUGCUUCCAGUCGAGAUCGAGAGAAUGCCUCUGUGGAGAUUGCGCAGAUGAGGAAGUCAUUGAGACGGAACCCUGCCCUUGUCCAGAUGAUGAUGCCCCUGAGUGUGAAAACGAUGAUUGUGCACCAGAAGGAUCUGGAAGCGAACCGUGUCCAGAUGACAAUUGUCCUGAAGGCUCUGGAGAAGCUCCAGAAGAAGCCCCAGAAGACUGUGAUGAUGAAAAGGAAGCACCACCGGUUGAUGAGUGUCCCGAGGGAUCUCCAUGCAAUGAUAAAGAAGAGUGUCCAGAAGGAUCUCCUUGCGAUGAAAAUGAUGAGUGUCCAGAGGGAUCUCCGUGCGAUGAUGAUGAUGAAGCUCCGGAACUCCCAUCAGGUGAUGGCGGGGAUGAAGAAUGCGACGAAAACACUGGUUGUGAUGAAGGCAGUGGAGCACCACCGAUCAUCGAUCUUGAUACAACCCCUCUUCCUCCACCAACUACAACUUCGGCUGAAGAAACUGAGCCUCCCUGUGACAACAACGAUAAUGGAGGCUGCUCGUGGAACGAAUGGUGUGGUUGGUCAGAAUGCGUCGGAGGUGGGCCACCUGAUUGUUUCCGCGUAAGAGUUAGAACUUGCGAUUGCCCAACGCCUUGCCCUGGAGAAGAUAUUGAGAAAGAGCCGUGUCCGUGCCCUGAAUGCUCAAGUGAUAAUCCAGACAGGCCGCCUGAUUGCGAUGCUGACUGUACUCCGGGUCCAGCUACUGAAGUGACACCGGAAGACUUGACAACUCCUCAAAUUCAAGAAUACCUCUCCACUGUUCCACCAACCAUGCUCACUACAGCUCCCCCAACCGACGAUUUCGACGGAUCAGGAGACUGUGAUGAUGAUGAUUGUACGAUGGAGGGAUCAAGUGAUAUUCCUUGCAGAGAUUGCCCUGAUUGCGAAGGCUGUGUGCCCAGCAGUGGAGAUGGAAGUGACAACGAAUGUCCAUCAACUCCUUGGGCUGAGUGGACAGAGUGCUCUUGCGAGAAUAACCAGCGAGAGCGUUUCCGAGGAUGUGUUGAAGAUGGACUCUGCACUUGCCCGGAUAUUGUUGAGAGCGAGCCGUGCCCAGAGGAGGAGUUGACUGAGUGCACUUGCGAGUUUGACGAAUGGUGUCCUUGGAGCGAAUGUACAAAACCAUGCAAUGGGGGAACAAUGACAAGAUCUAGAAAUUGCCCUUGCGGUAAUUGCGAUGGAGACGCUUACGAAGUGCAAGAUUGCAAUACCCAGUGUUGUCCGGAUCUUCCAGAAGCCCCCGAAGAUGGUCGCUACUGUUCUUCUCGAAUCAACUACAGAACAAAAGAACCAGCUGUCUGUUGUGAUGAGCGAAAUGACGACUGUACUUUUGACAUGGGCGAUGGGCGUAAGUGCUUCUGUGACAACUAUUGCGCUCGUGAAGAGUCCGACUGUUGCCCCGACUAUGCCGAGACCUGCCUAGAUAUACCACCAACAGCUCUUCCACCUCCUGUCUACACAACUCGCGAGCCAUCUCUUGACCUCGAUUCCCCUACCGGCCCCUGUUACGAUUCAACAGGCACGCGCAUUGUGCCUAUCUCUACUGAAACCCGCGAAAACUGCAACUCCUGCCGUUGCCGCUUGCAACCAGACGGUUCGCUCCGCUUCUCCUGCGAUACCAACAUCUGCCUCAUCGAUCCUGAACUGAUUGCAACCGUCAACGCUGCUGACCGCCAAGACGCAACUUCUUGGACGGCUGGCAAUUACUCUUUCUUUUGGGGAAAGACCUUGAACCAUGGAUAUCGCAAUUAUCUUGGAACAGCGCCCCCAAGCGACUUUGCCGAAGCUUGCGAGACUCUCGAAGUUACCGAGCUUCCAUCUUCUUUCGACUUUACUUCUCCAGCUGAUCACGUGAUCCCUCAAAACCUCCACCAAGAAGACUGCGGCGCAUCAUUUGCUUUCUCAUUCUUCAAUCUCGUGAAUUUCAAACUCUUAUCGACGAAUCAGCGCGCUUUCCACGGCGAUGUUCUCGAGGUCUUAAAAUCUUGUGGAAAUGGCUGCAUUCCUGGUGAUGUUCUCGACAUUCAUCAUGCUGCCAAGACUGGUUUCUGGCCUGAUUCCGACGGAAGCAACGUCUGCCCGAUGUUCGAUUCCUGUGUCCGAGUUUCGGGUGCAAAACGACUCGCCUGCGUUGACGACAUCAAACGUGAGGUCCUCACCGUUGGCCCCGUCAUUGCGUACUUGAACGUGUCCCGCGACUUCUUCGUCUACCAGGAUGGAAUCUACUCGCCAACAGUUCAAACACCCGCCACUCAAACUAAUAGCCAACUCCACAGUGUGGUCCUCGUUGGCUGGGGCGAGGGAUACUGGCUCGCGCGCAACUCCUGGGGUGACGACUCACGUGACAACGAGAGCGCCUGGGGCAUGUGUCUCAACGAUGGCGGGCGCGAGCGAUGCGGCUUUGUCAAACUCGCCAGUGGCAUCAUCGAUUCUAGUUACGUCGUGACAAUUCCAGUGGAUACAAGCGAUUGCGAUCACUCUGGAGAAUACAACGAGUCGUAA